UCCAACUCUCUCUCUCCACUUUCCCCUCUCUAUCACACCAUACGUCUCUACAUCUCUUCCCCUCCACUUUCUCAGAUGGCUUCAGACUGAUUCAUCAAUGGAACCGUACUGUUUCACCAUAUAUCUUCCUGAUUUUACUCUAGGGUUUUUGUUCCUAAACUUGUCUUCUCUCCCAGCAGAGUGCUUUCGCCGUUGAUGUUCUUUCCGAUCUCUACCCAUCUCACUCUCUCUCUACACUUUCCUCUCUAUCACACCAUAUGUCUCUACAUCUCUUACUCUCCACUUUCUCAGAUGCUUCAGACUGAUUCAUGAAUGGAACCCUAGUAUUUUUCUAUACCUCAGUGUCAGUGUCGGCCCAGCAGAGUGCUUUCGCCGUUGGUGUUCUUUCCGAACUCCACACAUUUCACCCCUCCACCGGAAAUUCCAUCUGCCCCUACCGCACUCCAGCUUGGUAGUUUCCGCCGCCUGUCCAGGGUUGAGCCCUGGGAUUUGACGGCGGACUUAAAAAGCCACCUACAGACGCUUUAAGCCCAAUCAUUCCGGAUAAUCGUUUGCAUCCUCUGUAUUACCGCGGCGUAUUGUUUUUCUUUUCCUCUCAAAGCUUUAUAUUACUCUAUUUUCUCUUUCUAGAUUCUUAGUUUUAGGUCGGAAUUAAAACUGUCAUGUCCUACAACGAAACGCGGGUAGGGUUCAGAUUUCGUCCGACCGACGAAGAACUCGUUGAUCACUUCUUGAGGUUUAAGAUCAACGGUGAUGAGAGGAAAGUGCGUGAUAUUCGUGAGGUCGAUGUUUGCAAAUACGAACCCUGCGAUUUACCUGAUUUCUCGACGAUAAAGUCUAAUGAUAAUGAAUGGUUCUUUUUCUGUCCGAAGGAUCGGAAGUAUGUGAAUGGGCAGAGGCUGAACAGAUCAACAGAGCAUGGAUACUGGAAAACAACGGGUAGGGAUCGGAAGAUCAAGUCUCGUACGAGCGUAAUUGGUACAAAGAAGACUUUGGUCUUCCAUACCGGGCGUGCUCCAAAUGGCAGCAGAUCCCGUUGGGUUAUGCAUGAGUACCGUGCUACUAGCAAGGAGCUUGAUGGCACGAAACCAGGACAGGGUGCCUUUGUCCUCUGUCGCCUUUUUAAGAAACAUGAUGAGAAGCAAGAUGAUGUCAUUGAAGGUUCAAACUGUGGUGAAGUUGAAGAUAAUUUUCCUUCUCCUGGGUUGUGUGAGUAUCAACUAGGAAAAAAAGAUGUUCCUUCUCCUGCCACAGUUAAAUCAUAUGCUGAAGAUAUACAAUUGGAGGCAGUAAACCCUGUGAUGACAGCAGAAGCUGAAAAUCAAACUUAUAGUAAUUCUGAAAGCAUACUAUUUGACACUCCAUUACCUUCUGAGAGUGACAACAAUAUCCAUAUUAAUGAUGAUGCUGAAGAUCAAGUGACAGAUGUGCAGCCGGAUCCAGAGCUGGAGGAAAUGUUGGAAGCAUUUUGGGACCCAGUGCUGGGGCCACCAGAUGAAAAAAUCUUCUCUCCAUUGCAUUUGCAGAUGCAGAUGGAGCUUGGAUCUUCUUACUCGAAUUUCCCGGCCACUAAUAACACAAGCGAUGACCACAAUGGGGUUCAGUUUCAAUAUGGAUCAAAUGAACUGGAUACUGAAUUCUUGGAUUCAGUUCUUGUUAAUUUAGGAGAGCACACCUUUAGUCACAAUUUGGAUAUUGAAAGUGAGAUCCUGAACUAUAAUACUCCCACAAAGCAGUAUGCUGCUAUUUCAUCAGUGGCCCAAGGACAGUUUGAUCCAGUGAUGGAAAGUUCUGAAUGGUUUGGUCAGAACUUCAGCAGAACGGCUCCUACAAACAUGGAAACGUCCCCAGGAACUUGGGGAACUCCUCAAAUUUGUGCUAUUUCGCAUGGUAGUGCUUCUGGUUUCCUGGAAGGUGAUUCUGUUGGAUUGGGUGCUUUAGCUGCUGAUUCUACUGGUGAGUGUAAUGCUUUGUCUGCUGAAUCAAGCUCUUGUGGCAGUGCAGUUGGUGGUGUCGGGAUUGUUGAAACUGGAAUUAAAAGAAAAACUAGAACUCGUCAACUGCAAAAUCAACCGAGUACCCAAAAAUCUGCUGCAUAUGGAACUGCACCAAAAAGAAUCCGUUUGCAGAAGAAACUUCAAGUGGGACCAGUUUCCUGUAUCAACUUGUUAAGCAACAGUAAAGAAAACCAUGAUGCCAAACCAACAGUGACUUUGACUGAAAAUGUUACGGAACAGUGUGCUUCUGCUUCUGCUGAUGCAGCACCUACCAUCGAUGAAGUCCAAGAAGUAUCCCUUUCAGAAUCCAUCAAUGACAGAAAAUUUACUCAAAAGCUCAAUAUGGGUAAAGAAGAGGUCAAAAGGCACUACUGUGAUGGGCAAUGCUGAGAAGGUUCUCUCUGCUUCCUCAGAGGCUUCUCCAGUAUUACUCUCAAUACCAUCUGUUUUUAUGGGUAGGGUGUAAAGUAAAACUCUCUAGUCUUUGUCCUUCCGCCUAGCUAUUCUUCUUCUUCUUCUUCUUCUUCUUCUUCUUCUUCUUCUGCAUCAUCGUGAUCGUCAUCAUUCUUUUUUUAAUCUCACAUGAAUUCUCUUUCUCCAAUCUUUCCCAUUACAUGUUGUUUUGCCUAUUAUAUUUAGCUUUUAAAAAUCAAUUAAUAACUUCAUUGGAUGUUAUUUUUGGUUUUUGUCUGUCUCUCCCCUUCUAUUAAAACUAUUAUCCUCGCUUGCCGGUGGUGAUGGUGUCGCCAUCUUAAGCAUGCUCUCUAAUUUUCUCAUUAACGGGAGCCACCCCUAAUUUAUCUCUCGCACUCUCAUUAGUGUCCUUAUCCCUCCUAGUCACUUCUCUCUCCAUCUUACCAUUCUCAUUUCGGAUACAUGAAAGCUUGCUCUUGAUUUUUAGGGUCCCACCGCUCCGCUGCAUACCACAUGGUAUAAUAGCGGUCCUACAGAAUUUUCCUUUGAUCCCACUUGGUCCAAUCUUCUCCAAGUCUACUCUCUUCAGACUUGGUGGGACCAACAUGGUCUGGAUCUGGAAAUUUUACCAGAACAACUCAGGCAAUUAUACUUGCCAUGACAACAAUUUCAUCCUCAAUUAAGGGGGAAAAAAAUCCAAUAGGCAAAUCUGUCCUAUUAAUUUUCACAGCAUCCAAUUAAGGAUGUAUUGAAAGAGAUUCUUUCAAAAACUCAAAGCAUAUAGAGAUGCUCUUCCAAAAGAAAUAUUUUCUUCACCUGGAAGUGAUCAAUUACUUCGUCUGGAAGUAAACAAGAUUUCAAUACAUUGAAAUAAUCAAACAAAUGAUUAUUCAACAACAGCCCUGACUUAACCAGAGUUAAUGGUUAAAUGCAUCUGUUUGAUUAUUAAAUAAUCAAACAAAUGAUUAGUCAACAGCAGCCAUGACCUAACCAGAGUUGAUGGUUAAAUGCAUCUGUUUGAAAUAAUCAAACAAAUGAUUAUUCAACACAGCUAUGACUUAACCAGAGUUAAUGGUUAAAUGCAUCAUCUGUUUGAAAUUAUCAAACAAAUGAUUAGUCAACACAGCCAUGACUUAACCAGAGUUAAUGGUUAAAUUCAUCUGUUUGAAAUAAUCAAACAAAUGAAUAGUCAACAGCAGCCAUGACUUAACCAGAGUUAAUGGUUAAAUUGAUGGAAUUUAUGAAAAAUCAAUUCAUAAAUUCCUUUGCACCAGAAUCAUCUUUUCAAGAUGAUUCAUCCAGGAUAUCAGCAACAUCAACAUAAUGGUGGACCAAUAGACUGCAACUUUAUGUGGCACUCACCUCCACCACCAUGCGGACUUCAAAAUUGUAAUUUCAAGUCCGGGAUUAUAGUCUAUAAAGGGGGAAGGUCAUACCCUUGUUAAGACAUCUUUCAGUUUUCUGUUCUCUCAGAGUGAUAUAUUUCUUUUGUAAGCUGCCUAUUCCAGUUCAAUAAAAGAUGCAACUUUCUGUAAGUGCUAUAUUUUUCGUGAUUUAUUUACCAUUUUGAUCCUAUAAACAUAUUUGGUAUCAGAGCCAUUAUGGCUUAAGAUUAUAUUGUUAAUGCUUUAAGUUAUUGUUGUAAUUAUGUAAAGGAUAAUACUAUUUACUAUUUUUUUGUUAACCUA